CCAGCAUCUCGUCGAGCACCCCUCUGCCAAGCCAGCGGGGCUUGACGCCAUUGGCUGUUUGUUCCUCAGCGCCGAUCGACAAACCCCCGCUUGCAAACGCAUCUGCCCCCCGGGGAUGUCUCGCUCCCAGCCAUGUCCUCGCAAGACGACCAGCCGCUCAGGAAGACCCGGAACAAGCGGGCGUGCGACAUUUGCCGGUUCAAACGAAAUCGCUGCUCAGGCGGCCAGCCAUGCGAUGGCUGUCGAGACUUUGGCCUGACCUGCACAUAUGACAUUCCUCAGAAGAAACGUGGCCCUGCCCCAAAGAAAAAGAUCGCUGGUCUCCCAUACCGCCUCGAUCGAAUCGAUCGACUCUCUGGCUUGCUUGCGCCAGACAUACCAAGUGUUAGCUCUGGCUCUGUCUCUGGUCCGUCAUCAACAGACUCGGCUUCGCAGGAGCCCGAAGAUGAACUACACUCAAUCGAGGCCUACUUCAUUACUCGAGUGCGCAACCUCACUACCAACAGCACGGUGUAUUUUGGCCCUUCGUCCACGGGCGGCGCUUGCUUUGUGCAGGAGAACCCACGCUUCCGGUCAGGCAUGAUUAGCUUCUCUCUUCCGAACGUAGCCGGCGGCCAUGUCAAUACUCUUCCGCAAGACCAGGCGCUACCCUUCAGCCAUCACAUAACGUACAGCCUGAUCGGGGUCUACUUUGAGCAUAUCGCACCAUAUCUUCCCCUCAUCGACAAGGCGCAGUUCUACGCCGAGCUCGAGCAGCCAUCGUAUUCCGAGCCUUUUUCGCUCCUCGUGUGGACCAUGUGCACGAUCGUAUCGCUCCAAACGACCAAUAUGGCCGAGUGGGGCAUCCACGCCGACAUCUAUACGAUUCGCAAGUACCUGUCUAACCACUGCUACGACUUGAUCGCUCGGUAUCACGACUGCCUGGAGCUCAAUAUGAUCCAGUCGUUGUAUCUUUGGGCCAUCAUCUGCACUAGCCCAAGCCAAACAAUCAGACCGAACACGCAUCAGCUUCUUGCCACGGUCCGGGCAAUGGUUGUGGAGCUUGGAUUCCAUCUCAGUCCCAAAAUUCGAGGCCUCAACCUCAGUGUGACCGAGCAUCGGAUCCAAAACUCGGCUUUCUUUUGCAUGUAUAUAACCGAGCGAUAUGGGUCGCUGGUUACCGGUCGCCAUGCUCUGAUCCAGGACCACAUGUGGGACAUGUCGCUGCUCGACGACCACUUCGAUCACGACCACUACCACGAUCUCAUCAUCCAUGUCAAGCUUAGUCGCAUCAUGGGUGACCUGACGGAUCUGAUGAACAACCCGAACCCCAUGAGCCUCUCCGCGAAGAAGCAAAAGGCGCGCGCGAUCCUCGAGAGCCUUCAGGUUUGGCUGGCCGGCCUUCCGAUCCGACUUCGACUGGAGCCCAAUGGCCGGUGGACGUUCCACCACCAUUUCUAUCUCGUCUACAACAGCCUCAACAUCCUCGCCCAGCGUAUCGCCGUUGGAAUCCACUCGGCCUCCGCCCUCGAGAGCGCGCACGCCAUUGUGCGCUGCCUUCGGCGCCUGCCUCGGGACAUCAUGAACCAGCCCUUCCAAAGCAAAAACAUGAUAUUUUUCCUGCCGGCCACGCACUUUUUCUCGAGCACUGCGGCGAUUCUGUUCUUGGACAUCAUUCUCGAGUUUCAGCGCACAAACCCCGCGGUGACAAGCGAGAUUGUCCAAGCCAUCAGCGAGCUGAAUGAAGUUCUUGGAUUCCUCAGCCAGUACAGCACGGCGCUGUCGCAGUGGCUUCGGGGCAUGAUUAACGACUUUAUCAACUGGCAUUAUGUCUGUCGGCGCUCAAUCACCGAUGGACAGAUACCAACAUCGACUCCCUUCGAACACAGCGACGUCUCCGUUGACAUCGUCAGCAGUAUUGGCUUUGGCCCGACCGCCAGUCAUGCCAUGAGUGUCGACAUCAAUACCACACUCGAGGCCAGCUUUGGUGCAGUGACGGCGGAGGUUAUCGCAAGCACGGUUGCCGGCUCAUCUCCCCUCCUGCCCUCGAUGAUUCCGCCUCUGAGGUCCUCACCAGAAGGCCAAGCCUCCAAUUGGGCGCAGCCGCAAGCAUCGAUGGGAUUCAGUGCAGCUCCGAUACAAAACUCGACAAGUGUGUUCCCAUCCGACGCCUCUGGGGCCUCAAUCCAUCCACAGCUCGGCCAUUUCACCCACGACACGCUGAACAGCACCUUUGCCCCGUCCCUUGGUUCUCUCGGCGCCGGCACACUGCCACAGACUGGCACGCCGAUCGACGCGGGGCUGCUUGGGCUGAGUUCUGCUCACCUCGAUUCCAUGGUCUUGACGGCGCUCUCAGGAAGCGUAGGACCCGGAUCUGGGCGGCAGCCGCCCAACGGACCUCCAAACCCAAACUCAAAUCCGGUCAUGAAUGCAAGCUUUGAUCUGAGAUCGGGGCUGGACAGACGCCUGGGCGACCUGAACCUGAACCUGAACUUGCACCUGAACCCUGGCUUAAACCCUGGCCUGAGCUUCAAUCCCGAUCCAAGCGCCGGCAGAGAUGGAGGUGGAAACACAGAUACAGGCGUGAAUGCGAGUACGGGUGCGAGUCGGAGUGUUGGCCUGGAGGCUACACAACUAGCCUUUGACGAGCAUCUGGUCCGAGCCUUUGCCGAGUCGUCCCGUGGGCCAUUCUCGUACAACUAGAGGAGAGAAGCCAAAAAUACACACGCACAUGUCAAGUGCUUGUGAUGUAGUGGGCAUAUCAGCGAUGCAUCCGCACCAGCCACUGGACAGGUCCGGCGGUGCUGCUUACAGGCGAUCCGAUAAAAAACGGGACACCCUUGAGUUUGACCAUUGAUCAAAUAUUUUGC